CGCCGUAAGGAGUUAAGAGAACACCAUGAUCGACUCUUUUGGAGGGGAGGCUUGGAAACCCUGCCCUUUCGAUGGAGAGGGGGAUAUCCCGCCACCAGGAUUCCUCACCUACAAAGGGCUGGUUAGGGCUCUGUGGGCUUGAGAGAAAGGCUGUAGUUUCUUCCUCCCCCCCCCUUUCAAUUGCCUAGUGCUGUGCUGGGUAUCUAUUCUGAUUAAAGACGCUGGCCGUCUAGAUAGUAUAUUUACCAUAUCAUUUUUUUUUCCCCCGUUUUUUUUCAUUAGGUGGAAUUGUUGGACAUCCAUCAUAGGACAAGGUCUGUCUGCAACUGAUUUUGACGGAUCCAUAUCAGCGUGAGUAUUAGUUUACCUUUUGAUGCGGAUAUUAUUGUAUAAUGUUGAAUGUUCGAAGAACCGAAAAAGAAGGCUACACAAUGCGUCCGACAUGGCAGGCAGGCACUUUCCUGCUUUGGUUUCACGCGCACCAUACGUUAGCCGUCUCGCUAUCCCAAUUCCAGGCCAUUGCAGGCUUUCCUCCACUCUGCACAAGCACCUGGAACUCCGAGAUUCCAGGCUGCGCGGCCGAAGACUUUGACCAAGGCCGCCGACCCUGUUCCGCAGCAUGCAUCGAGGGACUUCAAUCCACAGCGACGACGCUCAACCAGACCUGUGCAGGCAGCGAGGUGGGGGAAGACACGCUGAUCGGGCUCUUCUUCCGGGGACUUGGAGUCUCAACAGUGUGCCCUGGCAACGCGGUGGCUUCGCCAAAGGCUCUCGCCGGUACCCAAACAGAAGGUCGUCUGUCGAGGAUGCCGACACCGCCAUCACCAUCACCACCACCACCACCACCACCCACCACGAUAAUUACCACGACUACCUCCUCCUCUUUCCCCUCGGAGCCUACAGAGUCAUCAUUGACUCCUUCGACAUCGAUGGCAUCCACGCUUUAUGAGUACAGACCACCAGCGACAACACAAGCGGUUUCACCGACAGACACUUGCCUCUCGGAUUCGACCGUGACGAGUACCACGAUGCACGCGACAAAUACGGGAAAACCGUCAACUUCAAUACUUCAACCCAUGUCCGACCUAACCGCAACCAGCACGACCCACUCGGCGCCUGGAUCAGACGAAACGCAAGGCUUCGGUGGCAGCGGCAACGCAUUCGACAUCCUGGCUGGGGGAGGCGCAACGCGAGACGGAGGGAAGGGCAGGGGGUGGGUGGGUGCGGGGAUGGCAGUGGCUGCGAUCUGGGUUGCAGGGAUGUUUUAGCUGUAGAAAAAGGACUUGUUUAUGUAUGUAGCAGCAUCUAUUUUGUACUCCUUAGUUAGCUAUUCUUGUACUACUACCGCCUAAUCCGGGUGGAAUUCGAAUGAGCAGAUCGAUGAGUCACA